AUGAUCUGUGCGGAGUCAUAUCACCAGCGUAUAUCGUUCGCUAGCGAUCUAGGCCAAUCAGAUACAUCACCUCCUAUGGAACAACAACAACAACAAUCAGGACGCCUGGUUCGAAGAGACACAACACUUUUGGAUUCAUCAAGUCCAGAUUUCGAGUUCCACAUUUCAAGAAACUUUGAUGCCUCACCAGCUGAUGAGAUCUUCGCAGACGGGAUGAUCCUCCCGAUCCUUCCUUUCCAAGUCACUACUGCAUCCGCCAUGCCAAAACGUCUCUACAAGUACGAGCUCCCUCCUAUAGUCUCCGCUCCUUCCUCCUCCUCCUCCUCCUCUUCCUCUCUGUCUCCUCCACCAUUGCUAUUACCCCAACAACACUCGAGCGAGAAAGAAACUCCAGGAAGCAUCGCAAACUCAGAGGCAGAGAAGUCAUCAAAGUCGUUUUGGAGCUUCAAGAGAAGCUCAAGCCUUAACAGCGAUAGGAAGAAGAGUCUGAUCUGCUCCUUUCCUCUUUUGACAAGAAGCAACUCCACAGGGUCAGUGAUGAAUUCGAAGAGGGAAAUGCUUAGGGACAUUAACAAGCAUAGCUCGCAUAGACAUGGAGCCCCACGUCCAGGAGAAGAUACGUCAUCUCAUUUGUCUUCUCCUUCAUCUGUCUGCUGCAGCUCGUAUCAGUUCAGACCACAAAAGCACGCCGGAAAGAAUGGGGGCAGAGGAGGAAGCUCGUAUCCGUUUGGGUUAGGAUCAAUCUUACGAGUAUUGAAAGAUAAGAAGACAAAGAACAAGUAUUAA